AAAAACCAUUCAAAAUCAUUCGUUUCGUUUUACAGAUUAAUUACAGCUUAGAGUUUAUAAUAUCGUACAAUGUUUUUUAAAAUUUCUUUUUUAUUGCUAUCUAUUAUUUUAACAGCAAAUACUGUUCUGGGCCAAACUGAAGAUGAUAUUCUCAGAGAUUCGUACGAAAAUUGUAGAAUAUGGGCAAAUAAACCUGAGGGUGAAACAUUUACAAUGGUUGAAUUUUGGUACUAUAUGGGGAAAAAUGAGAGCGACAGAAUUCGAAUACUAAAGAACAGCCCUAUGUACGGCAAUUGGUCACCUCAAAAUCCGGAUUUAGAAGAAUUUGGUAAACUUUUUAAACAAAUAUGUAGCGAACGUGGCGUUUUUGUAAAAGACUGGGCAGCAUCUAGGAAAGCUAAAGCAGCAAAAAUUACAAUAGACGAGAUUGCAGUCUUAGAAACGGAACAAACUGAUGACGAAGAUGAAGAGCGAGCUCUAAGAAAUUCGUUCAGUGAUUGUAAAAAAUGGCUGGGUGAACCUCGAGAUGCUAAUAUUGGAUUGAGUGGGUUUUGUUGUUACAUGGGAUUAGGCCAAAGCAAUAAAGUAUUAGAUAAUUACUUAAAAAACAAUCAACAUGCCUUUGAAAGAAUGUCACAUAACUACGCUAUGAAUUAUGGUUCAACUCAAGGUCCUAUAGACUUUACACUGUAUUGUGGACUUUUUAAAUACAUAUGCAGCAUUAAUGGCGUUCCUCUAGAAGAUUUGACAGCGCUAAGAAAAAGUGAAGCAGCAGCAAGGACAAUCAAUGAGUAUUUGUCGCUAACUUUAAAUUAACGUGAUUAGUUCGUUAAAAAUAAAGGUUACAAGAAGGCAAAAUAGAUAAUUUUUCAUAGUCCAAUAUUAGCAUGUUAAUAAUGUUGAAAAAUGUUUAAAAAAUACGUCAAAACGAAUUGUAUGUCAA